ACAGUCUGUACUGAGGGCGAUAAAACUCCCACGAGCCACAUCCUGUAUGCUGACUCGAACCUGGUGACGUCACAGGAAAACAAAGAUGGCAGGGAUAGGAAGCAGCAACUACUGGGAGGAUCUGAGAAAGCAGGCCAGGCAGUUGGAGAAUGAACUUGACCUGAAGCUGGUCUCCUUUAGUAAACUGUGCACCAGCUACAGCAGCUCCAGGGAUGGACGUCGAGGAGACAGUUCGGACACCACGCCACUGCUAAACAACUCCACCCAGGACAGGAUGUUUGACACCAUGUCAGUGGAGAUUGAACAGCUGCUGGCAAAACUAACAGGAGUGAACGACAAGAUGGCCGAGUACACCAACACCCCAGGAACAGCCUCUCUCAACGCUGCCCUCAUGCACACCCUCCAGAGGCACAGAGAUAUUUUACAGGACUACACGCACGAAUUCCACAAAACCAAAGGCAACUUUCUGGCCAUCCGGGAAAGGGAAGACCUGUUAGGAUCUGUCAGGAAAGACAUCGAAACAUAUAAGAGUGGUUCGGGAGUCAACAACAGAAGAACAGAGCUGUUUCUAAAGGAGCAUGAGCAUCUCAGAAACUCAGACCGACUGAUGGAUGACACAAUAAGCAUCGCAAUGUCGACCAAGGAGAACAUGACUUCGCAGAGGGGCUUCCUGAAAUCCAUACACAGCAGGGUGAACACUCUGGCCAAUCGUUUCCCAACUAUCAACAAUCUCAUCCAGCGAGUCAAUCUGCGAAAGAGACGGGACUCCCUCAUCCUCGGCACUGUGGUCGGCGUCUGCACCAUUCUCCUCCUGCUCUAUGCUUUCCACUAACAACCCCCCCCCCCCUCUCCCAGUCAGAUGAGUUCCAGCAAGGCGGGAUUCUUCUGCUCCUUGUAGCAUACGAUCCGUCACCUCCUCCCCAGAGAGCGCGCUCAGUGGUCGGCGGGCCCCUGAGGUUCCAGAGCAGAGAGACAUUUCAUUGGUCCUGUUCUAGGACAGGAACCAAGUUUGACCAUCAAGUUCCCACUGAGGUCGCGAUUAACCGUGAGACAGAUUUAGGGCCGGUGAUCACUUCUUUUUCUUAUACUCACAAGGAAAUGGAGACCAAAAGUACAAGUUAGACCUUUUUUUUUUUUUUUUUGCUUUGUUUGUGGACAAGCUUCAUGCUUUUUUUUUUUUUUU